AUGCAAGUAUUUCUGAUAUUCAUUUGGACAGGAUUGCAAAUAAUUGGAAGAUCGCUCGCAGACAGCAGUGGUGACUGUGAAAAUCGAGAAAAUCCAACAGGACGCAACUUUAUCCAUAAUGAAACGAUAGAAGUGGAUCCAUGUGGACCUCCCACAUUUUUAAAAUGUCUAAAACCGGAAGUAGAAAACUGCACCACAGCCGCAAUAAAUGGAGACGACUCAUCCUACGAAUUUAUUGUUGGGGAAUAUGAUCCGAAAGCCAAAGCCGUGCGAUUUGCCCUAAUUAUUCAACUAAUAUCCGAGUUUUACGUUUAUGUACAUUCUUCGGAUGGUGACGGAAAUAUCACGGACAACUCGACAAAACUUGGUUAUUUUGAUGAUAGUGUUUUCCCCAUGUGUAACUCGUAUGCGUGUUGUGAUCCUGCCAUCAAGACGAAGCCAAACGUGGCGAGAAGGUGUCCAUAUUCCGGCAAUGCUACAACCCGUAUCCCAGAAAGAGAUGGGUUUUACGGGAUUAGCUACUUGUGGUACCCACCUCGCGGCUUGAAAGGCUACAUAAUUUUCGUGGCCGACAUUAGUGAUUCUGAAGCUCUUCACUACGAAAGGAUCACUUCGAAACCAGUUGAAGUGGACACAAUUGUUCCAAACGUUACAACAGUUUUACCAACCGCUCCAGUCGCAACAGUGGAUAAACCAGCUCAACCAAGUGGUCCUCCCCCUCCCCCCACAACGCCUCCCAGCCCCACGAAGCAAAAUACGACGGAAGUUGGAGGAGGAGAAAUACCGGGUACAACAACGCCAGCUCCUAAAAAGAGAAAGCACAAAAAACACAAGACAACGACCACCACUGCUGCUCCGAUUGAAAAACCACAAAAACGGAAACACAAGAAACAUAAAAAGGACGACGACGAUGAUGAUGACGGCGACGACGAUGACGAUGACGAGACGAAAACUCCGGCUUCUGAGGAAAAUGGAAAGAAGAAAAGUAAACCAAAGAAGGAUCCUCCCAAACAAACCCCAAUUGAUGAACGAAAGAAAGCUGCUGCGCAUGAUAUUUUGGCAUCUCUCGUACGACUCGGGAUACUUGGAGGAUAAAAGUAGACGAAUAUUUUACUUGAUGA